ACGUAGUCUUUCAGCGGAUCUGGGAUCUGGGCCGACAGCAACUUUUUUUUUUUUUUUUUUUUUUAGGAGGCUGAAAAAAACACGUAGCCACCGCGGUAUGUUUGUAAAUGGAGUGAUACUGACUCUGUAGAAUGAAUCUCGAAUAGAUCUGGAGAUGAAGACCGAUUUGCAGUAGGUCGUUCAACUUUGGAUGGAGAGUUUUUCUUUAUCCACCGCAGUCCAAACAGAGCACAGAAGCACUGAGGGGGAUCGGAAUUUACCGGUGACAAGUCUGGGAGGAGGAAAAAAAAAGGAAAAGAGGAUCCGCUCGUUACAUGGAGCAACAUUUUUUUUUAAUUUAAAAAGUUUGCUUUAAAUCACAAGAAAGGAAAUCGGGAUUUGAAGUUUCAAGUCGAUGAAAAGGAUCCUCUGUAAAGGGACAACCCCAGAUUAUCCCCUUUGAGUUCUGCUUUGACUUUGAAGAACAGCACCAACCAUGGCGAAAAAGUAUGAUUUCCUUUUUAAACUGUUACUCAUCGGGGACAGCGGAGUGGGGAAAACAUGUCUGAUCAUUCGUUUUGCUGAGGACAAUUUCAACUCCACGUACAUUUCAACCAUCGGCAUCGACUUUAAAGUAAAAACCAUUGAAGUGGAUGGAAAGAAAGUGAAACUACAAGUCUGGGACACAGCGGGGCAGGAGAGGUUUAAGACCAUUACGACAGCCUACUACAGAGGAGCCAUGGGCAUCAUCCUGGUGUACGACAUCACUGACGAGAAGUCCUUCGAAAACAUUCAGAACUGGAUGAAGAGCAUCAAAGAAAAUGCAUCAGCUGGGGUCAGUCGGAUGUUGCUAGGUAAUAAGUGUGACAUUGAAGCAAAGCGGAAAGUUUCCAAGGAGACAGGAGAGAAGCUGGCUAAAGAUCACGGCAUCAGGUUCUUUGAAACCAGUGCAAAGUCCAGCAUUAAUGUUGAGGAGUCUUUUCUGGCUUUGGCGCGUGACAUACUACAGAAAUCCAGCAAGAAACCAGGCCCCACAGGUCGAGAGGUGAAAAUCACCAGCAGCACAGAGAAAAAAUCCUCCAAGUGUGUUCUUCUCUAGAUAUGACCCCAGAUAGCGCACAGAAGAAAACACCAUACAAAUCAGCGAGCACAGCAGUAUUACUGGAGGAAUACAGCAAAACAUGUUUUCUGUCUCCAUCUGGUGGGUGCAAAUGUCAAAUACAUGCAGGUGCCUUAGCAAUCAAUACUUUCACAAGUAUCUGUACUUUAAUUCCCCAAAAAUUUGGCAGAAAAAUUAUUUAUGGAUUACUUCUUUGAGAUAGUACCUGUAUUUCACAUUGAACACAUUUUCUGCAACAUCUACUGUGGUCGUGUUAAUGUCAUGAAGAGCUGGUGCAGUGGAGUCUUUGAUGACCUUAAACAGAGCCCCGUCAGAAAUUCAAAAAACAGGCCCCACUGUGUUUAGUGCAGCUAUACAUUUCUAUUUCCACCCUGUAUCACUCUGGCUUAUCACUGCAUUAUGAACCCUACAACGGCACUGUAUUAUGUCUUGGAAGAACUUAAGCUGAGUUUUAAAAAUCUUUUUUGGACUGGGUAGCUCUGUUAAAAAAUGUACACCUCAGCUUCAGUCAUUUCUGAUGUGUGAGCACAUGCAGUUGUAGCUUUUAGGAGCUCAGUGGGCCUCUGGUUGUUGUCUUUGACCCAAAAUGUCAUGUCUGUUCAUGCCAUGGCAUCUCAAUGACUCUAUUAGAUGGAAAUUCUAAAAUGAUUGAACAAUAAGUCAUACAGUGCCUUUGGUUAGUGAUGCACUUUCACUCUUGUCAGUCCACUGUUUCAAAUUCAAUGAUUUCUGUAAUACUGCAACAGCACAGACAAGUAGACAUCUGGUUCCUGCAGUGCCAUAUCAGAGACAGGGGACAUAUUUUGCUUCUCAGCAUUUUUAGUGGCACAUAGAUACAGUAUAUCACAGAGAUGUCACAAAGUGAAUAUUGAGCUUUUAAUGUUGGCAGAAGUUAUAUUUACAUUUCAUUUGGUUAUUUUGUGCAUAUCUCUUGAGAAUUGAUGAGCUGUUGCAAUAGUGCACAGCAUCAUAAUGCAUUAUCCAGAAUCUACAGUACCAGAUGCCAUUAAAUAUUGAACACCCACAGAGUGCUUAACGUGGAAAUUUUCUGGUUACAUCCUAUGAGAAGCUGAAAACAUGCUCUUCGCGGUAAUGAAUUAAACAAGUUGAUAUUGGUUGCUUGUUCACGUGGAAACAAACACUGGUGGUAAACAAGCUUUGUUUUAAUAGAUGAAUGGAUUGGGAAUGUGGAAGAUAGGAACUGAGAUAAGUGCAAUAUGAGAGGAUGAGUGGAGAGAUAAAAGAAUGAUGGAUAAAGCAAGUGAAUGGACAGGAUGUGAGAGCCAGGGAAGCAGCAGUGCUCCAAUGUCCCUCAUUUUGAAUUGAUUUAGUGGGUCUUGCCUUUUAUCUGAAGUGCCUGGUAAGUCUCACACUAAACACUACCACACAUUAGCUACAUCACUCUCCCUGUUCAGGCAAUUUUCAGAUCAUUCAAAAUGACUGUGAUCACAGGUGCUCCUCUGAUCCUGAUUUUUUUUUUUCUGCCCAGAUAUACUGAAUCUCCUGUAACAACUUUCUUUCACAUUCUGUGCCUUUUUAGUCCUGCCACAUGACUUUGUAUGUAGUUUACAGACUUUCUGCUUGCUGAAUAAAAAGUGCAGUAAACGUG